ACUGAGUGGAUCAUGUUUGCACAUUCCAUGUAGCUUUAAAGCUGAGAAAGGAGUCCCUGAAUUUAACAGUGAAAUAGAAACCCGUGGAGCAUGGAUUCAAAGUAAAAAUGAUAUUUAUAACCUUAGUCAAGGGGUUAGCACAGAUCUAGCAGAGAUAACUGGAGACCUGGGACAAAGAAGUUGCACCACUGUGUUUUCUCACAUAAACAAGAGUCAAGAAGACAAAUACUUCCUCAGAAUUGAGAACGGUGGCCAGAAGGGAACAGCUUGUUCUACUCCUCUUCAAAUAACAGUUCAAGAUUCCCCUUGGAGUCCCAGCAUUAACAUCUUUGUUAAUGACCUGAAGGAGCAUCAGACUAUCACGAUCAGCUGCUCAGCUUUGACUCCCUGUCCACUCUCACCUCCUGAACUCACCUGGAAUCUCCAACAAGACUCUCACAGACAAACAAUGACAAACACAGAGGGAACCUUUAUAACUAAAAUCCAGGAGACCAUCACUCUGUCAGACACACAUGAUGGAUACAUCAGCUGUUCUGCCACAUAUCCUGUGAAUGGAGGAAGCAAGACAGCAACGACAGAAGUGACUCUCAGUGUUUCAUAUGCUCCUAAAGACACCUCAGCAUCCAUCAGUCCAUCAGAUUUGGUGUCAGCAGGUAGCUGGGUGGAACUGAGCUGCUCCAGCAGAGCCAAGCCUCCUGCCAGCUUCACCUGGUUCAGGAACAGCAAACAUGGAGCCAUUAAUGUAUCUGUGGGGCAGGUUUACAGCUUCUAUGCUACUGAGGGAGGAGAGUAUUACUGUGUGGCUACAAAUGAUCUGGGUCAUCAGAGAUCAUCAGUAAUUCUGACAAGAAUUGGAGGGUCUAGAGUUAGUGUCUGCAUUACAAUGAAGAUCCUGGGAAUAGUAACGCUCUGUGGUGCAUUCAUUAUCUUUGAAAGCUGGUUUAAAUUAUCCAAUAAAUUACCAAAGCACACAAAUGAAGCAGAUGUCGACAGAGUGAUAGAGCUUCAGGUAACAUGAGCCACAUGGAAGAAAUCUUCAAGAUCAAGUUGACACAAUCUGGUGAAGGUUUAAAGAAGCUCCUGUUACAAAAAUAAAGCUUUUCAAUGCAGAUGUGAGGUGGGAAUCAAAAUUAAGUACUGGAAUGUCACGAUAAUCUUGGAGUCAUUCUUAAACUGGUCCAGAUAAUAAUGCCAAAUUCCACAUGAUAAAUGACAAUAGCAAAUAAAGUUAUGAUCAUAAUCCCUCAUCACAGCGUAAAAAACCCUGGAGUCUUGGUUCAAUUAUUUGUUUAAUUUAUAUUUGAAGAGGUAAAACUUAAGAAUCCUUGAUGUUGUUUAGGAUGAGUUUGCAUGUUUUCUAAUAGUGGCUUCAGAGCAGACAGUAAUGUGACGUGAGAAUAUUAUCGUUUUUGAUCAACAUACUUAAUGAUCUGCAAUAAUGAUACCUAUAGCAAAAUGUCACUUGAAUUUUGUAAUUCAGUUUGAGAAUAAAAUCAUAUAAAGGUUCAUGUUUUGGGUGUUAGGUGAAAAG